AUGGAAGUGCACAGUCGCGACCAACGGGACCUAGAUCAGGGUGCCAGACUCUUCACUUGGGCGCGAUUCGUAUCUAAAGGUAUCGGUGUGUGGCCUUUAGAACCAAAUUAUUAUAUCUUCAACAUAUGUAUUAUUUAUGGUGCUUAUAUUAUGAUUACGGAGUACAUUGAUUUGUAUUACUGCCUUCCAAAUUUAAAAAAAGUUAUAAACAAUCUUACCGAAAGUUUAGCGUUCACACAAAUGUAUUUGCGAGCAGUGUUAUUGCGUAUUUAUAUCAAAAAGUUUCACUACUUAAUGUCCGAAGCAUUGAAGGACUAUCACGUUAGCGCGUACAAAAAUUCCGAUGAAGUCUAUGAGUUCAUGGGUUACGUCAAAAAAGGCAGAUUUUUCGUUAAGGCUGUUACCAUUUUUGUUAUUUCAACCACAUCUUCUUGGUUUUUGCGACCAAUAACCUCUUCGACUCCCGCUACAUCUAUGUCAGCUCCCGACAAUGAAACCGCCGCCAAGUUUACAUAUAUUUUGCCUUACAAAUUUCAUAUUUUUUAUGAAAUAAAUAACUAUCGUACAUAUGUGCUGACUUAUAUUUCCCAUGGGCCGUUUCCUUAUGUCAUCGCUCUCGGUGCAAUUACAUCUGCAGUUUUUUUAAUAAUACUUUCGUUUCAUGUAAGCGGACGACUCGCCAUUUUGGCCAGACGAAUUAAUGCAUUGAAUUGUAAAAAUGAUGGGUUUAGAACCGACUUAACGGAUAUUAUUUCCGAACAUACUAGACUUCUACAAAUGGGAGAAGAAAUAAGAGGUUCUUACGCUGUAGCUUUGCUACUUUAUAUUAUAGUUGGGACAAUACAAUUGUGUAUAAUCGGAUAUCAAAUACUUGUCUUAAUUGCUAUGGGUAAACAACACAGCUUGAUGCCAUAUUUUGUUUUUAUACUAACAACUUAUCUGCUCAUCAGUAUUUAUUGUAUACUUAGUGAACAUCUUCUCGCUGAGAGUGAAAAAGUUAGCGAAUCGUUCUAUAGUUGCGAAUGGUAUGACAUGCCACAGGAUUGCAUUAAAGAUAUUUCGUUUUGCAUUUUACGAUCGCAGAAGACACUUGGAUUAACGGCUGGAGCUUUUAUAACAUUUAGCAACAGCACGCUGACGGAUGUCACAAAAACAUCGAUGGGAUAUUUGUCGAUUUUGAGAAAUUUUCUGCUCAACGAGCAAUGA